AUGGGGAAAUGGCCCAGACCUAAAAGCAAACAGUGUCUGGUUCAAGGGACCAGCGUUUCUUCAACUAGCGGAAUCAGAAUGGCCAGUACAACGAACGUUGACGUCACCUACCAAAGAAGAGCUACGUCCAUGAUAGAUUCUAUACGGUCUGUCGCCUACGUGUUCCGAUUCAUAAGCAACAUCAAGAAGAAGCUAGCAAGACAGGAGUUAUUCGUAGGUCCAUUAUGCUCAGAAGAGCUACGAAAGGGAGAAAGUCUACUAAUCCGCGAGACACAGUGGCAGUGCUUCCCAGAUGAAAUGGUGACCUUGAAAAGCAACCAGACGAAACCUCCAAAUGAGCGAAUCUAUGUGGGAAAAAGCAGCGCUCUCUAUCAGCUAUGUCCAAUCUUAGACGAACAAGGCAUCAUUCGAAUGGAUAGUAGAAUAGCGGAGGCUCCAAAUGUCGGAAAGGAGAUGAAGUUUCCAGUAAUCCUUCCUAGGAGUCACAAGUUCACUACCUUGCUGCUGGAAUACUAUCACCGUAAGUACCGAUACGGUAACACCGAAACUGUCGUGAACGAAGAUCGUCAGCUGUAUUAUGUUCCGAGACUUAGAAGGGCGAUCAACAGCGUUGCCAAAGCGUGCCAGUGGUGUCGCGUGUACAAGAGCUUACCGCAGAUUCCCCGCAUGGCGCCGCUCCCGUUAGCCAUGAUGGCGUCAUUCGCCAGACCCUUUACGUACACUGGCCUGGACUUUAUUGGACCGUUGGCGGUGAAGGUCGGUAAAUGCAGCGCUAAACGCUGGAUAGCCGUGUUCACGUGUUUGACAAUACGGGCAGUGCACAUCGAGGUGGCUCAUAAUCUCACUACGGACUCGUGCGUCAAAUGUAUUCGACGCUUCAUCUGCCGCCGUGGUGCACCGGCCGAGAUCUAUUGA